AUAAAUUUUAUAUAAAUAAAAAAAAUUAAUUAUUUAAAUAAUAUAUUAAAUUAUAUUAAAAAAUAAUAUAAAAAAUUAUCCCAAAAUUAUUUUCUCGUCCUACUCUUCCCAAAAAUUCAUGCACUUGCGAUUAGCCGAUUACUGAUCCACGUGGCAGAGAGUCUAGUCAGAGCAGACUCAAAACAAGGUGCUUAAAGCCCGCUGCAGUGCACAUUAGAAUGGCCGCCAUUGAAACCCGGAUAAGAGCAAGCACCUGGAUCCUCUAAUACCGCCAAAAUAACAGGAUAAGUAUAGCCAACAGUUUUCUCUUUUACUUUGACCAACACAUACCCAUCACCAUCAAUGGACUCUCCAUCAUCAUCACCGUUCACAUCAUCCCUUGCGAUUCUCACACCCAAAGUCAGAUAGAUCUACGGCUUGAUCCCAUCACAAUGUCUACUCUUGACGGUACUUGAAACAAUCUUCUUUUAGUAGUUAUUUAUCUCCCGAGAGGCGAAAGAUCUUAUUAUUGUCAUCUUUUCAUAUACGGACAGACCCAGAAACAAAGAAAAAGAAAGAAAAGAAAAAGUUGAUAGCAAUGGCGUCUUUGCAGCUGAGGAGGGAGGAUAGUAUGCAGGAGAGUCCGAGGAGUCCAGAGGCGCAGGUGGGUAUGAAGGUGGAGGAUUUAUGGGACGUUCAGGAGCCGCAGCUUACUUCUACAGAGAAGCUUAAUGCUUGUUUUGAGAGCAUCCCUGUCUCUGCCUUUCCUCCUGCUCCAUCAUCACAAGUGAUUGAGAUAAAAUCGAAUGCCAGUCUUGCUGAAGCUGCUCAGCUUCUUGCUCAACACAAGCUUUUUAGUGCCCCUGUUGUCAAUGUUGAUGCACCUGAGGAUGCUACUUGGAUUGACAGAUACAUCGGCAUUGUUGAGUUUGCAGGAAUUGCUGUAUGGAUUUUGCAACAGUCAGAACCUCCAUCACCUAGGAGCCCUUCAUCUCCGACCAAUGGGACUGAUUUUGCGAUAGCAGUUAAUGGAAUGACUUCUGCUGUAGGACUUGGGCUUCUAGGCAAUGAAGAUGGUGCAGUAACUUCGGGGAACUUUUUUGAGGCUCUAACUUCUUCUGACUUCUAUAAGAACACAAAGGUUCGUGACAUCUCAGGGUCAUUUCGCUGGGCUCCAUUCCUUGCUUUGCAAAAAUCAAACUCCUUCUUAACCAUGCUCUUGCUGCUUUCAAAAUACAAAAUGAAGAGUGUUGCCGUGGUUGAUUUGGGUGAAGGGAAGAUUGAUAACAUCAUCUCACAGUCUGCCGUUAUUCACAUGUUAGCAGAAUGUGCUGGCCUUCAAUGGUUUGAGAGAUGGGGAACUAAAAGGCUGUCUGAGAUUGGGCUUCCUGUAAUGUCAUCUGAUGAUAUUAUCAUGGUAUAUGAGGAUGAACCAGUGCUGCAGGCAUUUAAGCUCAUGAGGAAAAAAAGAAUUGGAGGCGUACCAGUUCUUGAACGUGGUGGUAAAAAGGCAAUGGGUAAUAUAAGCAUAAGAGAUGUUCAUUUCCUUCUUACUGCACCAGAUAUCUACCAUAAAUACAGAUCCAUCACGGCAAAGAAUUUCGUAGUGGCAAUCAGAAAUUACUUGGAGAAGCAAAAUGAGAAACCAGUUGUGGCUAGUGGCCUGAUUACAUGCAAGAGAGACCACACAAUGAAAGAAUUGAUUAUGCUUCUAGACUCCAAGAAAAUCCAUCGGGUUUAUGUUGUGGACGAUGAAGGGAAUCUGGAAGGAGUGAUCACACUCAGAGACAUAAUCUCGAGGUUAGUACACGAGCCCCGUGGAUACUUUGGUGAUUUCUUUGAUGGGGUUUUGCCUCUACCUGCAAACAGCAGGGUUUGAAGAGCACCUGGAAGUUGUGUUCCACUUCCAGUUGGUUUUUCUGAUGACUGAUCCCAUCUUUGUGUGAUGAAUAUCACUCUUUUUGUGGAUUGUGACAUAGCUUGAUAUGCAAGGCUCCCAUGUGAUUAUUUUUCUUUCCAGUUUAACAUGUUUUAAGUUUUUCUGUAAAUUUUGAUGAAACCUUGUAUGAGCCCAUCUCCACUCAUGUCUAAUAAGGCAGCCUUCUUCAU